AUGCUUACUUUUAAAGUUAUAUUACUUGCAGAUACAUGCUUAUGUUUGUUUUUAUUAAUAAAAAAAUAUAUUUUUCAAGAAUUUAUGGUGAAGCCAAAAAGUCAGGCUGUUGUAUACAAUGGAAGCAUAAUUCUAAACUGUGAAGCCAGGCUGGUGUCUUCCCCUACGGAGCAGCUGUCCUACGCUUGGUAUCUAAAUGGGGGACCACGGCCCCAGGGUAGCUCUAUAUUUGUCAACAACUCCCUCCUUAUACAGAACAUACACGAGGCAGAACUAGGAAACUACACCUGUGCUGUAUCCUCCAGUGAUGGCAUCUCACAGUUAGCCGUGUCACCUCCAGCUCAAAUCAUACAUGCAUAUAUCCGUUCAUUCGUGAUAAAUCCAAAUGGUGUGACAGUGACUGAAGGAGACACGAUAACCUUGGACUGUGUUACCGGGGAAAGCUCGCCACCCCCUGAGAUCUUCUGGGAGAAAGAUGGUGUCCUCUUCAGGGGUGGAUCCCAGUACAAUGCCACAUAUAAAAGUGCCUCCUCCCUGGGUUUUGUGCAGCAGUUCAGCAUGAAGCUGGUCCUGGUGGCCACACCUGAGCAUAGUGGGAAGUAUAACUGCGCUGCUAGGAACGGAAUGCUGGGAAUAUAUGUUAGAAGUUUACAAGUGUUUGUAGGAGUUACAGCAUUUGAGUUUGCAGCAAGGGUGGACUUAAACCUAUAUAAGAGGGAUAUUUUGACUCCAAAGGACCAGCCCUUUGUGCUGGACUGCCCAGUAAUUGGAUACCCCUCCCCAGUCAUUAGCUGGAGAAAGGGACAAGUGCCCCUAACCCCAGUCACCACUAACCACACCCUUCUGUCUAAUGGUAGUCUCUACUUUGAGUCCUUUCAGUUGGAGGACCAGGGAUACUAUAUCUGCGAGGGGAUAAACAAACUAGGAAAGGAUAUAUCACCUGACAUUGUACUACAGGCAGCUUAUAUUGACUUUGAAUUUUCUCGACAUCCAACUUCAAAAUAUGCCAUAGCAGGCCUGCCUACCACCCUCCCUUGUUCCCCUCCCACUUCUAAUCCCCCCGCCAAAGUCACAUGGUAUAAGAACAACCAGCCAUUGACCAACAAGUUCAAUAACAACAGUAAGACUGUGUUAAUCAUGGACCCUGACAAUGGGGUAUGGGACCUGUUUAUAGCUGAUGUACAGCGGAUACAUGAGGGGCAGUACUUCUGUGUUGCUGAGAACGUGUUUGCUGUUCCGUCCUCUAGAACCUCAAAAGUUGCCACACUUAGAGUAGGAGGAGCACCUACAUUUGUGCAGCCCCCUUUGAGUCAGUCAGUUGUCAAAGGUCAAGGUCUUGUGCUAAUAUGUCUGGUUAAGGGAGAUCCCGAGCCAGAAAUAACCUGGUUGUUCAAUGGACAACCGGUCACAGAUGGAGCUUAUACAACAGCCUUCAGCAUGAAGAACCAGGAACUACACAUUGCCAAUGUAAAUAAGGCAUGGGAGGGCUAUUUCACCUGUAGAGCCAAUAAUUCUUAUGGAAAAUCUGAGGCAAUGGCCUAUGUCACUGUUAAAGUCCCGGUGGUAAUUACUAAGCCAGUGGUCAAUUUGACGGUAACCAUUAACAACCAGGUGUUUUUGCCUUGUGAAGUCUAUGGAGACCCAGUUCCAAAUGUGACUUGGUACAAAGAUCAGGCCCCUCUGUCCCUCACCAGUCGAGUCCGUCAGACGGUGGAUGGAUUGUUUAUUAACGAUGUUAAUUUGACUGAUGGGGGAACUUACACCUGUCUGGCGAUGAAUGAGGCAGGCACUGCUCAAUCCUCAGGAAUACUGGCUGUGCAGGCUCCACCAGUGUUUAAGGUGAUGCCAAAGAAUGUCACCGUGGUGAUAGGUGGUGCUGCUAACUUCACAUGUAGUGUAGACAGUCAUCCUGCUUCAACUAUUGUGUGGAAAUUUAAUGACACCAAUCUUCUGCCUGAUGGAGUAUUUGUUAACCUAGACAACAGUGUACAGAUCGCCAUGGUAACCUGGCAACACGUGGGAAAAUACACAUGUGUGGCCUCCAAUGUUGUGGGUUCAGAGAGCAUGUCGGCAAAACUUUCUCUUCAAGUGCCUCCAAAAGUUAAAUAUAUUCAAGGAGAUUUAAUAGUUGUAAGAAACCGGGCCACCACCUUAACCUGUAAAGCCGAGGGGAUCCCUGCCCCACGAAUCAGCUGGUACAGACGAGGAUCCGAGAUUCUCUCCACUGCGGAUGGGAGGAUUGUAGUGACCAGUGAAAGACAACUCCUCAUUAAGGUUGCUAAUGCAGGGGAUGAAGGUGACUACACGUGUUCUGCUGUCAAUGACGCAGGAUCAGAUCAAGCAGAAGUCUCUAUCCAUGUUGUGCAGCCACCUUUACCACCGACUUUGUUGGACCCCAUAGCAACAUCAGCAACCUCUGUGACCUUGAGAUGGACACCGGUCACUCAGAACUGGUACACUUCAGUGACCCACUACAUAGCAUACUACAAACAAAGGUACUUCAUAUUAAUCCAUUAUAGAGCAUAAGAUAUAUAUGUAGGAGCCAAUGAUGUGUCUCAUAAUGUACAGGGUCUGCAGUCUGGGGUGGAGUACUUGUUUGUGGUAACAGCCACAAAUCAGGCAGGGGAGGGAGAAUUUUUAUAGACACUGAACAAAAUUUCUUGCAGAAAAACUUUUAAUUUUGCAGAUCCAUCAAGUCCAAGAAAUGUACGUGUAAGUAAUGUGGGACCCAGCUCCAUCACAGUCAGCUGGGAGGUUCCAGAAACCACCAAUGGAAUCAUUCAGAAGUACCAGAUCUGGUAUCAAAUCAGCCAAUCAAAUGAAGAGCCAGAGAGAAUUCAGGUUCAGGCCCCUACCACUUCCUAUACUGUGACAGGGCUACUAGCUUACACUGAGUACCAGUUUAAUGUCAGGGCAGCCACAGUGGAGAAAGACGUGGAUCUAUGGGGAAAUUUCUCCUCCAUGGUGGUCACUAGAACAGAGGCAGCAGUUACAGAGUUAGAGAGAUCACUCACAUACACUGUAAAUGCCUGUGAAGCACGAACAGCCCUACCCAGUAAUGAACAUAAUGGCCCCCUGAAAUUCUACCAUAUUAGAUACAAGUCUACGGCACCUUCUUCUGGCUUUUCUGAGGUGAAGAGCGUUAAUUUUACUGAGACAUCAGGGAUGAUAAAUAACCUUCAACCCUGGACAGAGUAUGCUAUUACCAUAGAAACAGAGAAUGUGGCAGGAAGAGGUCCCCCCAGUUCAGGGGUCAAAGUUCGUACUUUUGCACUAGCCCCUAGUAGUCCCCCAACAAAUAUCAGACUCACAGCAGUGUCCAGCAGUGUAGUCAAUAUACAGUUUAAGUUACCUGACCCCUCCACUUGGAAUAGUGACAUUUCUGGUAUAGUGGUGGAGGUCCAGAAGGAUGGUGAGAAAACAUCAAGGGAGGUCACUCUUCCCACGACACCAGGUUCUCUCCCAUACAACAUCAGUGACCUUGAGCCCUGGACUUUAUACAGUGUUAGAGUGGCACUAUACACGACUCAGGCAGACAAUGGAACAGGGCCCUGGAGUGAUUGGAGACUAGUCCAAACUCAACAGUCAGUACCAGACAAGGUUGGACAGUUUGGUUACCAAGGCACCCCGACCAGUAUAACAGUUUACUGGUCCCCUCCCCUCAAACCUAAUGGAGUCAUUGAUUUGUAUGUAGUGAAGCAUUACCCUUUACCAAACGGACAGACAAACAGACAGAGUGGUCUCACUGAAUCAGCAGAAGCUUACUUGUCACCUUUUCCCUAUCCAGUUAUAUAUAAUGCUUGUGAUUCUCUGACUUAUUUAAAUUCUUCUUAUUCAUCAAUCAUGGAUGACAUUCUUCAGGAGAUUCUGGAAAAUAAAGAUUCCGAUAUGAUGAACAAUUUCUCUGCAUUUGUUUCGAAAGUUGCAGGUCUUCAUUUGACCUUGAAUAAUGUUACAGAUGAGAAGAAUUUUAAUAUGAGCCUUGGUAUAAUCAGUGAUUCAUUCAGUCAACUGGAUUUGAAUGCAUUGACUUGGAUGUCUGCCUGGAAUAGAUCAGUAUUUGAUCUUUGCAGUGAUUUACUCUGGGUCAGAAAUGGUCUGAUAUACCAAAAUACAACAGGGACCCGUACUGUCUUGAGAGACCUGCAGCCCUCCAUGGAAUAUGUCGUGGGAAUAUCAGCCGUCAACUCCAAAGGAGAGGGCAAGGUUUCCAUACACACUGCCAAAACUGAUUCUCUUCCCCCACCUCCAGCACCACCAAACACCACAGAAGGUACCACCGCUUACACCACCACUGUCCUCGGUAACUCCCUGCCCCAGGGUCAGGAGGACAAACUGCCGGUGUACUUAGGGGGCGCUGCAGCAGGGGCGAUACUGGUCAUCUUCAUACUGGCCAUAGUUCUGUGUGUCUGUAUCAAGGAGAGAGAGAGGCAGAACCUGGUAGCUUAUGGAAACUUUGAAACAAGGUCUUCUGAAGGGAAGUUUGGUGAAAUGCCCAGAGACAGAUCAGGAAGCUUAUCAACCAAAGAUGCUACUGAGGAUAAUAACAACAGAGAUACUAGACACUCCACAUCUAGAAUCCACUUUCUGGGGGACGCAGUUAAAUAUGGUACCAACUCCUCAGUAUCUGAAACACAGAGCUAUGGUCAUCUGAAGGAGAGCCAAUCAGUGGCUGCCUCAUCCACCUUCCCAGGAAUCCGAAUCCACAAGCCAGACUCAACAGGUAUAGAGAAUCCGUCCUACAGGCAGGGAGUGUUAGACCCCGGGGGUGAGUGGCGACCAGACAGGGAAUCUAUCUGUGUGUCCAUGGAUCUCUCUGCCGAGGAGGUCUACUCCAGGGCCUCCACUCUGCAAAGGAAAGGCCAACUGAAGACAGAGAAUGCAGAAGGGUCAGAGCCUGUGAUGAGGAAUAGUCACUCCUCCCCUUGGGUGGAUGAUACAGACUCCCUCAUACCUAACGAUUCUGUGGUCGUGUUUGCAGAGAGGACUGCCCUUUGAUUUUUAAAAAUGAAAAUU